CACUAAGCACUGUUAACGCGACUGAACUUUUGAUCGGGAUUGAUUUUGGCCUGCAGCGCGUUGAUGAUUUUUGUAUGGGUGAAUUAUUGAUGUGUUUGCAGCAAUUGCCUGUGAAAUAAGUUCCUUGAAGGUGACUGAACGAGAGCUCGACAAGGAGCAUUCCGUUACAGACUUGUCGGCAUUGUACACUUUUUACUGUAGGCCUAUAGUCUUGAAAACUCCCACGAGGUUGAUCGUUGGUGGACCGCGUGCAUUCUACUUGCUACCCGUCUACAGGCGCUCUAGCCCCCGUGGGGUAUCGCGGUCGAUGCGGUACCCAAGGAACUUGCGGGAAUGUGCAACCACCACAGAGUACGUGUACCUGAAAGGAAACUUUAACAGCUUUUCAGAAUUCCCACAGAGUAACAUCAGAUUCAACCUCAGUCCAUUCAUCUAGAAUCCGCUACAAUGCUUUUGAGGUGACCGUAAUCUGCAGCCCACUGCUCCAGGAUGUGUCCAGCAAAGUCCCGCGACCCCAGGUCAUAUAUCCAAGCUGUCCCCUUACCCCUGCCAUCCCACCAGGGGGAGUAUAUUCUAGCCCGCUCAGAUGUUCACUACAAGUCAAACUGUGCCUCACCGUCCAAGGAAGAAAUCUUUAAAGCCAGUUAUGCGAGACGGCUUCAGCAGAUGAAAGAGCAAGGUUAUCGGUCUGUGAACCACAAGCCCUACCAGGUGCUAGGGGAACCCCUACACCUUAAAGAAAAGAAGCUCAUCCUUCACGCUCUAGGGCAGGACUUGGCCCAGUCAGAAGACUCAUCUGGGAGUGGCUCAGAUGAGGAAGGGGAGGAGGAGAAAGACAAGAAGGAUGGAGUUUUGAUCCCGCAGCCCAGCGAGAACAAACCGCCGCCGAGGAAGUUUGUGUUCCGCCGCAACCACAAGAAUAAGAAGUCUUUAAACAAAGAAAUAUCCUCAGCGAGAAAAAUGGUGAAUUGGGUGAAGCUUGGACAUGGGGUGUUCACAGCUAUCAGGAAAGAGGAUGAAGAAAGGCUGAAUGCAGAAGAGAACAAAAGGUUGCAGGAUGCAGAGAGGAGACAGCGAGAGUGGCAACCUCCCAAUUUGGAUAGCUCGGAUGAGGACACAGACGAUGAUCUCGCAAGGGAUGAAGAUCUCAGCAUCUUCCUGACUCCAUCCAACAGUGAGGGUAAGAAGGAAGUCUCCUUCUCCCGCCCCGAGACCCAUCUCUACACCCCUGCCACACAGACACCCCUCCCCUCGGAGCAAGAGGGAAGAGAGGCUGAGCCGGCCUCAUCAGAGCCCCCUUCCUCCUCCUUGUUGAGCGUGGUGAUGGGCGAGCCGGGUGGGGCUGCCUCCACCCCAGCCAAGUCCAUCCUGAGCACCGCCUCUUCUCCCGUGGUCCGACGGAGACGGAAGAAGAAGAACGCAGAACCACCUCGCCCCUACACCCCGAUUCGGUCUAAUAUCAACGUGGACAGCGAAGAGGAAGACAGGACCAGCAGACAUGCAAUUUUUCGACAGCUUUGCGUAUUGAAUUGGAUUCUGGAGGCAAUGAUGACAGAGCCUCCCGCAGCCAUGGAACCGAUCACCAAAUGCUGGAACAUCAAGUACAAAGAUCUACGGCAGAACACAUUUUGCAAGACGACUGUGAGAGACAAAAGGAGAGAGAAGCUGGUGGACACACGAUGGAAUUCGUUUGUCACCAACCCAGGAGCCGGCCAUCUGAAAUCCCGCACCAGCACCAAGACGGCCAUCCAUGGCCUCAACCUGACCGCCUCCAUGUCCUUACCCCGCCCGGGCCGGAGGGUGUCAGUCCAAGCGGGGUCAGGCAUGACUUCCCUAGGCCAGACUAGGGCCAGCUCCACCCUCAGUCAGUCGGUCAACCAGAGUAGUGCCGAGAGCACACCCCGCAGAGAGGAGGAUGGGGCAGGAAAGAGAGAGAGCCUCAGAGAGCUUGGCAAAGCUUCAAGCACCUUCAAGAUACUGGAUGACAUCAUUGAGAGUGCCUCAUUGGUUGGCACGGUUGGCAAGAAUGAAGAUAAUGAUGACACAGCCUCAAGGCGGGGAGCCAGGCAAGACAGGUCGCCUUCCAUUGCUAGUGAGCGCAGUGCUAGUGCUACUUCUUCUGGUCAAAGGACUGUCACCAAGGGACCAGCACUGUUGCAAAAGCAUCUUGAAGAGAGGGACCAGAAAGCCACCAGACCCCAGGAGAAACAGAUACACACAUGGGUGGCCACAACCAAUCGCAAACUACGCACAAUGAGUGCACCUCCCAAGAAUGAAUUCAAACCCAUCUUCCCUAGUCACAAACAUGCCCAUCUACCAGCAGAGCUCCGGAGUCGCUUCGCCGAUGUUACUGAAGACAAGGCCCUCAUGCUUCACGAUAAGUUGGAAGUCCUGGAAAAGAAGAAGCUGUGGCGCAGCGAGGAGAAGUUCCGAGCCAUCCGAACCAACCUCCACAUCAGCGCCCAGCUGGAGAGGAUGAAGGAAGCUGCAAGAGACAACGAGGAGUCUGCUGAGGAGAAGAUGAGAAAGAAAAAGGUGGAAGAGGAAAGCAAAUGGUUCCAGGAGCUGACCUCACGUCUCCCCGGCUACGUCUUCAGCGAUAUGGCAUGCGCGGCGCUCCUGGACAAGCUGCAGUCCAUGGGCAUCAUUGAGAGCCGCAAGAUCACGCCGCAGAAGUUUCUCAAUGUCCUGACGGGCCUCAAGCCUUGGGAACUGUGCCUACCAGACGUCAGUGCUGCCAUCGAGUUUGUCCGUGAGCGUGUUGUCUUGAUGUCAGUGGAGGACUUCGAGGCCUGGUAUCAGCAUGAGAUCCCAGGUAUCAGCCGGUCACAGAGUGCUCCCCCUAACACCUUCCCAACCUAGCAGCGGAGUCACUGCAGUCCAGCAGGGUAUCCGAACCCCAGGGAGUUUUCCUCAAGUUUGAAACUUUUCAUUUUCCAGCACACAGCUAAUGUGUUGACAUCUUUACCUCAUCUUCGCAUUUUUAUUCAUGGAUGCACUAGGGCUUACGGGACUCAAUGCCUGCUUAUUUUGCUGAAAUGGGACAACCAGCAUUGAUAACUAUUAAAGAAUGACGUACCAUUCUUGUGUCAUGUACACGUAUAUAACAUGUUGUAAAGACCAGCGCAGGUGGUACGCACGCUACUCUCUGCCGACAGAGCCAGUGUCUAUUUCAAAGGUGACAAGCAGCGUGCACAUCAAAGAUUCGGGGACCUGUUUUUCACGGGCAACGUGAGCUUUCUAAGAAAAGUUUUUUCUCAACAAAAAAUUCCUUUGCUAUACAGUGUGCCACCAAGAGGUUGCCACAGACGCGGAGAGGCCAUUUUUCAAGUUUACUGUUGACAAAAGCAUGAUACCAUGAUUUGCAUAUGAGGAAAUGUCAGUUGAAACCUUGGGGAAAUUUUGAGGGGUUCGAAAGUUCUGCACUUUAGAACCCAUCUUCUUUCCUGGCAAAUAUUGGGAAUUAAGUUCCUUGCGCACACCUGGCGAAUAGAAUUUGUCAACUAUUUCCACAAUGCACUGCAAAAAAUGGCGUGUCUGCAGCAACCUUCUGGUGACACACUGUACUGUAGAUUGCCCGUAUUCAAAAUAUUGAUCAAAAUUCUGUUAUGGCUGUGACACGGUCUGUGCCCCCUUGCAGUUAAAGAAUAAAAAGACUGGGUUUUACUGCCUGGUUCCUGCCUCCAUCAUUUGUUGCAUUUGCCAAAGGCCUGAAACCAAUCUACCCUCCCUGAAACUCGCACACUGGACAAGAUACAGCAUGCCUCAACCUUGAAAUUAUAAAGGUGUCACCUUUAAGUGUCUCCUUAAAUCAUUUACACACAGAAGCAGUAGGGAUGUGGUUACAGAGUUAUAUUAUUACAAGUAUUAUUAUUAUUAUAACAGCAUUGGUUUUGCAGCUUUUGUAUAAAGAAGUAUUUUGAAGUAAAUUCUGAAUGUCGUUAAGAAGAGGUCCUUUGGACUUCGCAAAUGACCUUGUUAUAACAGGAACUUUGUGUUGUCAGGAAUGAAAGCAAUGAAGAACAAAGGAUUGGGAUCCAAAAAUUUCCUUGUUUUAAGCAGAAUCUUGUAUUAGCAGUGAUCUUAUUAACCUGUAGUUGUAAUCAUGUGAUCAAUUUUGUCCAGUGUGAAUGUUCUCUUCAACUGGAUUUCAUGGAAGUUGACACCAGGUUAUUGUUUGUUCAGUACUGCAGCACAUGUCGUUUCAAAGUACAUGUACAUUGUACUUCUUUUAUGCGGGUCAUUGAAAAUUCGUUACAAAUUCUGAACAAAGUCAAGUGUUUGUGCAUGUUUAGAUCAGGGAAAAAUAACAUUGAACAAUUUGUUUGAAAUGUUGACUAUGAACAAAAGCUGUUUAAUUUUACACUGAUAUUUUAGUUGUGACAUAUAUGUAUGCAAUUUAUUGUAAGCACUCGGAACAAAAAUUUUCAAACGUCUUUGUUGUUCUUAGCAUGUUACUGGUAUUAUAUUAAAUAAAAUGAUCAAACAUGUUGCUUGUAA